AGCACCCCGUCCCCCUUUAAUGCCAAUCAUGGCACGGAAAGACGAGGGAAAGCCCCCGGGAGCGGCCUCUCCAGAGUGAUGGAGAGCCCGCCCCGCGCCCCCCGCUCCACGCAGGAAGUGCGAUGCCGCCCGGGCCGCUCUCGGUCCCCGUCGGUCGCUGGCGCCCGCAGGAUUAACGGCAACGGCCUCUGCCGCAGACAUGGAGAAACUCAGGCUGCGCAGCCCCUGGGUGCCCUCGUGCCUCGGGCAGCCCCGCGUCCUCCAGGGCCGACUGGCCAGGUCCUCGCCCUCGCUCUGGGACAGCGCGCUGCAGGAACAGAAGGGCGAGCUGCGCAAGCGGCUGUCCUACACCACGCACAAGCUCGAGAAGCUCGAAACCGAGUUUGAUUCCACGCGCCACUACCUGGAGAUCGAGCUGCGACGCGCGCAGGAGGAGCUCGAAAAGGUCACGGAGAAGCUGCGCAGGAUUCAGAGCAACUACAUGGCACUGCAGAGGAUCAACCAGGAGCUGGAGGACAAGCUGUACCGCAUGGGCCAGCACUAUGAGGAAGAAAAGCGGGCACUGAGCCAUGAGAUUGUUGCCCUCAACAGCCACCUGCUGGAGGCGAAGGUGACCAUCGACAAGCUGUCGGAAGACAACGAGCUCUAUAGGAAGGACUGCAAUCUGGCGGCCCAGCUGCUGCAGAGCAGCCAGACCUACGGCAGGGUCCAUAAGGUGUCCGAGCUGCCCUCGGACUUCCAGGAGCGAGUGAGCCUACACAUGGAGAAGCACGGCUGCAGCCUGCCCUCCCCGCUCUGCCACCCCGCCUACGCUGACAGCGUCCCCGCCUGCGUCAUCGCCAAGGUGCUGGAGAAGCCCGACCCCACCAGCCUGUCCUCCCGCCUGUCGGAUGCCUCAGCCCGCGACCUGGCCUUCGGAGACGGCGUGGAGAAGUCGGGUCCGAGGCCCCCCUACAAGGGGGACAUCUACUGCAGCGACACGGCCCUCUACUGCCCCGAGGAGCGGCGGCACGACCGGCGGCCCAGCGUGGACGCGCCCGUGACCGACGUGGGCUUCCUGCGGGCCCAGAACUCCACCGACAGCGCAGCGGAGGAAGAAGAGGAGGCAGAGGCGGCCGCCUUCCCCGCGGUCUUCCGGCGCGAGGCCUUCCCGGGCUAUGCGGGCUCACUGCCCACGUCCAGCUCGUACUCGAGCUUCAGCGCCACGUCGGAGGAGAAGGAGCACGGCCAGGCCAGCACGCUGACCGCCUCGCAGCAGGCCGUCUACCUGAACAGCCGCGACCAGCUCUUCCAGCGCAAGCCGCCCGCCGCCGCCGCCUACCAGGGCAGCCCGCGCUUCGCCAAGGCCACGGCCGCGGUGGCGGCCCCGCUGGAGGCCGAGGUGGCCCCGGGGUUCGCGCGGACCAUGUCGCCCUACCCGGCCGAGUCCUUCCGCUUCCCGGCCUCCCCGGGCCCCCAGCAGGCCCUGAUGCCCCCAAACCUGUGGAGCCUGCGGGCCAAGCCGGGGUCGGCCCGGCUGCCCGGGGAGGACGUGCGAGGCCAGUGGCGGCCCCUGAGCGUGGAGGACAUCGGCGCCUACUCCUUCCCGGCCGCCGCGGGCCGCGCCUCCCCCUGCAGCUUCUCUGAACGCUACUACGGUGGGGGCAGCCCCGGCAAGAAGGCCGAGGCCCGCGCCAGCCCCCUGUACGCCAGCUACAAGGCCGACCGCUUCUCGGAGGGCGACGACCUUUCCCAGGGCCACCUGGCAGAGCCCUGCUUCCUCCGGGCUGGUGGCCCCGCCGACCCGCUGCCCAGCUAUGCAGCCAGCGAGGGAAACGGGGAGAGGCUCGGGGGCCAGCUGUGCGGGGCAGCCGGCAGCCCGGAGCCUGAGCACAGCCCCCACAGCUCUAGGGACUCCUUGGAGCCCAGCUCCAUGGAGGCCUCCCCAGAAAUGCACCCCGCCGCCCGCCUCAGCCCCCAGCCGGCCUUCCCGCGGACUGGGGGCUCCGGGCUGAGCCGCAAGGACAGCCUCACGAAAGCCCAGCUCUACGGAACCUUGCUCAACUGAGCGCCUGUCUGCAGGCCAAGGCCGAGGCCACCCCACCACCCACCCCGGCACUGGAGGGGGCUGCGUCGCGUCUCCCCAGACACCCAUCUCCCCGGCCUUUCCCACAAGGACAUCCCUCUCUCCCACCUAGCCCCGUCCAGGCUGAGGAGGGUCCCUGCCACUCUGUCCGUCCCAGCCCCACCACGACGGAAUGUCCCCUAGAACACUUUUUCACACACCAACACCCUUCCCCACCCGAGGUGAGCAUCCCCCCUUUUAUAAAGUGAAACUAUUUUUCUAGAGAAAAAGGGUCUUUCUUAACGCACUUGGCCUCCAGCUCCCUGGGUGGCAGCCUUGGCGUUUUCAACACAAAGCUCCUUUAUUUUUCGGGUGAGGGCAAGUGGGGCCUGCCCCUUGGAAGGAAGGAAGGUGUCCUGUGGAGACACCCAGUGAGCCAAUGACAAGGGAACCCCAAAGCUCUGUCCGCAAAGGGGGAACUGGAACGGGUGAAGCGAUGUGAAAUGUUUUUAAACUGUUACCGCUGUGUGGCCAACACACCACCCCAGCUCUUCCGUGGUCCAUCGUCCCGAGUGGGGCCGGUGCUUGUCCCCCGUGUCCUGCUCCCUGGCACCACCUCGCUCUACCUCAGACGUAAUGAGGCCCUCCGACUCCUGUUUCUGUAGCUUGCUUUCCUGUCGUCUGCGAUGCAUGCCGUCUCGUUAGUACUGUAUUUUACAUUCAUUAAUAAAAGACAUCGGU